CGGCCAAGAGCAUCAGUUGAAUCCAAUCAAUUGCCUGCGCAUUUAGCAUCCAAAACCACAACAACCAGCCCAGAAUCAAUAUGAAGUUCUUCUCCGUCGCCACCGUUUUCGUGCUCGGUCUGCUGGCUGUGGCCAACGCUGUGCCCCUGUCGCCCGAACCAGGAAAUGUGGUGAUCAACGGCGACUGCAAGUACUGCAAUGUGCACGGUGGAAAGUAGGAAAGUGCUCGGCAAAAACUCGAAGAAGGGCCAAACUUACCUCAAAUCCAAAACACAAUAUUUAUACUAUCACUCGUGUACUAAAAUGAAAACUAGUAGUAAAAAACAUUGCCUAUUACAAAUAAAAUGAAGGAAAACUAAA